GUGGAAAAGAGUAAAACGGCACUGUGUCUGUACUUACACGAUAAGCCUGGUGAUAUGCUCGAAUGGUCAUGACCUUAGGGCUUUUAUUCUACUCUCUCUUUACCUUUAGGUACCAAAAUAUCUUCAAAAAGUAAGAAAGAUUUUCCAUUUUCACAAAAAUUAAAGAAUAAGUUGGAGGUUUGAUCAUGGGGACUUGUAGUUGCUUUUUUUGGUCUACUAAUGAGGGUUGAAGAACAUUUAUCAUAUAUUUAAAUUUUUCUGGUUUGGAUAGCAGAUUAUGGCUUUGGAGUUUUCAAAGUUGUAAUAUCGCAGAGAUUCGGUGUAACAGGGCUGUGAUGCUGAGAUGACACAUGCCUUUGUUUUUGAAAGCACUGCAAAAAGAAGCCUUCUUUUCUCUCUACUUCUGACAUUUGAACAAGCCCCCUCUGCAGUUGAAUGUGAUAUAUCAAACCUCAAAAAACAGUUUUUUUUUUUACAUGUGUGUACUCAUAUGAAUUUAUCAUUAUAAAAGUCUUAAGUAGUGUGUAAUCAUGAUUAAUGCAAAGGACAUCUACAGUCCUCCAAGCCCAAGAAGGUAUGAAAGUUGUAGUAUGGAGAUGGAGGAGAUUCGAACUGAUGAGUGCAAGUUUCCAAGAAUGAGCAACAAGGAGGAUGAGCAGUACCAACAAUAUGAUGUAGAUGAUGUAGGAGAAGUCAAAAAGAGUAGCGGACUUGGUGGGAUUGUAAAGUUUUAUGGUCGGCCUUCAUCAAGAAUAGUUAGAGUUUCUCGUGCAUCUGGAGGGAAAGAUAGGCAUAGCAAAGUAUUGACUUCAAAGGGGUUAAGAGAUAGACGUGUUCGCCUUUCUGUCAAUACUGCUAUACAGUUCUAUGAUUUGCAAGACCGUCUCGGCUGUGAUCAGCCCAGCAAGGCUGUCGAAUGGCUGCUAAAAGCGGCCGCUCCUUCUAUUGCUGAGCUUCCACCUCUUGAGGCAUUUCCAGACACACUGCAGCUGAGUGAUGAGAAAAAGUCAAGUGAGCAGGGUUUUGAUUCAGCUGAUGUGGAAAUGGAUGAUGAUCUUAAUUAUAAUCAGCAGCAACAACCUUGUUGUAGCAAUUCAGAGACUAGCAAAGGUUCUGGAUUGUCACUUUCCAGAUCUGAUAGUCGGCUCAAGGCAAGGGAGCGAGCAAAGGAAAGGGCCACAGAGAAAGAAAAGGAAAAAGAAAACAAGUCUUGUAUUGUUGGUCAACACCACCAAAACAUGCACCCUAGAUCGUCUUUCACUGAGCUAUUGACGGGUGGUAUGAGCGAUAACAACACGAGUCCUAAUGGUGGGUCCAUCCAUCAAAAUACAGCAAGGCAAUGGUCUACAAAUCCGUUGGAGUAUUUUACAUCAGGAUUAUUAGGCCCAUCAGCUACUCGUGGAAUAGACAACCAAAUAUAUUUGGGAAAUCCUCUACAGCCAUUAAGACCAAUGUUUAGUAUUACGGGUGAGCAUCGAGCGGAGCUGCAGAAUUUCCCAUUUGGUGGUGACAACCUAGUCCCGGGUGUUACCUCUAGUAAUACUAGUACUAAUUAUAACGAGUACAAUUUGAACUUCAGCAUUUCUUCUUCAUCAUCAUCUGGUUUCAAUAGGGGGACCCUUCAGUCCAAUUCUUCCUCCACUUUGCCUCAUUACCAGAGGUUUUCUCCGACAGAUGGAUCAUAUCUUGAUUCAACAACUGAAUAUGAUGCUCGUUUACAUCUCUUCUAUGGAAAUGGCUAUGAACAUUCUGAUCAGAAAGGAAAAGGAAAGAACUAAACUUCCAUGUAUAUGAUAAAUAAGGUUAAGGAAGGCAUGGAACAAAUAAAUCUUGUUUCCAUUCAUUUUGUGGGGCCAACUCAACAUUUGAUUGGUUAGUAAUUACUUCGUCUCUAUUUCUCAUUUCAAAUUCAAACACACCAACUCUAAACUGCAGGUGAUUUAAGCUAUGUUGCUUUAUAUUUUUAUGAAUAAUCCUUAGAUAUUUGUUGUCCAAAACAAUUCUUAGAUAUUUAUGUGGUUGUUGUGUAAAUCAUUUCAUUAGGGUAAAAGAAGAAUUUAAAAAUAAAUUAUUUUUAAUUAUAGUAAGAUGACAUUCUUUUUAGGACAGAACUAAAAAAGAAAGAAUAACAAGUACAAUGGACGGAGGGAGUACUAAUUUGCCAACACAUACUAGCUAGCAUUUCCUACUAAAUUGAUAUCCAUGAUCAUGUCAUAUGAGUUGCUAAUUAUUGCACUAUUUGGGAUGUCUAUCAUGUUCUUAGUUCAAGUAAAGAUUAAAUGAUUUGUUACUUAGGUCAGAGAGGUACGACCAAUACGCUAGGCAAACUUAAUCUGAUAUAUUUAAGUGAAGAAAGAUAGGACUGACUCAUUAUCCAUCUUGUUUUGGACCAUGUGCUACUUGUUCUCGACAUUUUCUUGGCUGCGAGUAAGAUGCACAUUCUCUGAGUUCAAUUGAAUCCAAUCCUGUUGGUUUGACUAAUGGCUAUGCUAAAUAAAAAUAAAAUUUUUAUCCAUACAUGUUUCUAGUGAAGUGUGCAGGUCAAAACCAAUUUCUUGUGCAUCAUUGUUAAAAUUCUAUAGGACUUCCGAAUCAUCAUUGUUACACAUUCACUUUAGUUUCUCAUAACCUGUUUUUACUGCUAACUAAACCUUAUAAGGCUUUAA